AUUGCAUAAUAAUAUGAAAAUGAAGAAAUAAAAUAAGAUUAAAAUGAUGAUAAUAAAAAUAAUGUUUAUAUUGAAAAUAAAGAUGAAGAAAAUGAUGAAAAUUAAAAUGAUAUUAACAUAUUGAAUUGGCUAAUUAUUAUAUAAAUUAAAAUUUCUAAAAAAAAAAUGAGAGAAAAGUGGAGAAAGAAAAGAAUGAGAAGACUAAGAAGAAAAAGAAGAAGAGCGAGAAAAUGA